AGAAACAUUUCUUGUGAAUGUGGCAGCUCUUCGAAUAAAGUUGAGAAGUUUGAAGAAACCAAAAAAAGAUGGCGGCCUCCAUGUUAAAGGUUGCAGUUACAGGUAUUUCGAAGUGUGCACGUCAAGUAGCACCAGUGUUGAGAACGUAUUCAACAUCCAAGGUCCUUUGUCAGGAUGUUCCCGAGACUGUGUGGAAGCUUGGGAGACUAAAUCACGUUGCGAUAGCUGUACCAGACCUAGAAAAGGCUACGGCUCUGUAUCGCGAUAUUCUUGGUGCUCAGGUAAGCGCCACAGUACCCCUUCCUGAACACGGGGUGUACACAGUCUUCGUUGAGCUGGGCAACACUAAGCUUGAGCUACUGCACCCACUGGGAGAGAAGAGUCCGAUAGCGGGAUUCUUGCAAAAGAAUAAGUCUGGAGGGAUGCAUCACAUCUGCAUCGAGGUGGAUGACAUCAAUGCAGCGAUAGUGGAUUUGAAGGCGAGGAAGAUUAGGACCCUAUCAGAGGAACCACGGAUAGGAGCUCAUGGAAAGCCAGUCAUGUUCCUGCACCCAAAAGACUGUGAUGGGGUGCUUGUAGAACUGGAGCAGGCCUGAACACUAGGCACUCUCAAUAACAUUGUGUCACUGGCUUGCAAAAGGGGAUAAAUCAUCAAGUGCCCGAGUAAAAUAGCCUAUAUAUUCCCAUUGGCUAAUCUGCAUUGAAAGAUAGCUGUGAUUGACUGUUGUUAUGAAAUCCUAAACAGUUUUCCUUAAGCUAAACAAUUUACAGAAAUGGUAUAUUCCACUUCUUUGUCCAGCAGUGAUUGAUUGUUGUUAUGAAAUUGGGAACUAUGUUCUCUAAAUAGGAUCUUUAUUCAUGUGGUUUAUGAUCUUUUGCUCUGUUUGGUUUGUUUCUUGGGUGCAGUUAAAUUAAUCAUAGAACAUAUUCUAUUAAAUAUGAACAACUUGGGUGGAAAUUUUUUUCUUCCCUAUAUGCCUUUAAGAACUGUUACAUUUUUUUGCUUUUUGUCAUACUUAUCCAACCAAUGAAGAAAAUUGUGGAAAUCUAAUAUAUUGUUAUAUAAAUUAGCAUUUUUUAUUUGUUUUAUUUUGUCUUGAGGGUUAGUAUUUUCUGAAUUUGGUGAACUAUUUGUGUUUUCUUCUUAUGUAUAGCUAUCACAUUUCGACACCAUAUAAGUCCUCUUAUAUUUUUUAAUUAAGUUGAACAGUUAGAAUAUUUCUUGCAAAAUUCUGCUACCUUUGAGCCAAUGGGGAAAUAUUCAGAAGUAAAGCAAAUUUUAAAAUGAAAACAUAUUUAGACAGCAAUGUUUAUUAAUGUUUUUUCAACCAGUUUUAAUUACGUUUAAUUAAUAGUGUCUAUUAUAGGUUGUAAAUGUAUUUGAGUCCGUCUUGUAGAGUGGGGUUGUCUGUCUGGUAAACAAGCAUGCCAUAUAAUAAUAAUAAUAAUAUGAAUCAUUUUGGAAACAUUUGGAAACUGGACCAUUACCACUUCCUGAGUAUAUUCAGCCUUUAGGUAGUUGAGUGUUGUUCCUUUUUAGAUCCCCCUUUUUGCAAUAAAACUAUAAGCUGGAAUCUGAGCUCCAAUGUUAUCAGGUAGUCACAGCACAAUUUUAUACUGUAGUGUACUUUCCAGGUGGUCCGCUGUGUUUUUUUUCCAUUGUGGUUAAUGUAAAGAACCCUGAUCCGACUGAGCUUUCCAUUUCAUUAUCUUUUAAAAUUUGAAUUAAAGACCACAUGACAUGCUG